AAGAAGAAAAACUUGGGGCGGUUGGAGCACCCGAGUGUCGUUGAUUUGUCAGACUUUUAUCGUGACUUUCUCAAUGAACGCUAUAACAGCCUUAUUGCUUAUAAUAGGCAGUGGUACUAUCGAAAUAUUGCGCUUUUUUGGCCCGCCUUCAAGGUACAGCUCAUCAGAUUUCGGCGAACACUCGGUAGAUUUAUAAGA